CCUCACGUCUCAAGUAAUAACGGUAUUGGAGUAUAAUCCCUUUUUCUGUGUAACGCCUAUUCCAUGCGUAUACCAUACACGGAACGAUUUAUCAAGAAAGGCCCAAGUUUGCUGCGUUUAGCGAGGUAGCUAAUUAGCAGUGUUUAUUGAUGAGGGUGGUUGCGAUAUGAAUUGAUUUGGAGAGAGUAUAUGAACAUCUCUCGUGGAAGAUUCAUUCAUUGACGGUCGAGUCGUUCACGAGCUUACCCGACAUUCAGCGCGCGGCGACUAGUUGUAAUUGACCCACGAGCUGUGGAGAGUGUGCGACGAGAUGUGUGUGUGAACUAGCGAGGAUACUGUAGAAAGAGAGCCCUGAUUUGAGCGUCUGUGAUUCUAUGUAAUUUAACAUAGUCUCUCCUCACUGGUUUAAGCUGCAACUCACCUGGACUACAUCAUCAGGGCGUUAUGUGACUGCAUCGCUGACUGCGAUCGGCUGCGACUCGGUCCAAUCCUAUAGUGCAGCUAGUGUUGGAUGCCAUGCUUACCACGCUUCCGGAAUAUACCGUAACUUUGUAAAUAGAGCAUUUACAAGUUUAUCCUGAUCUGCCUCUGUGUAGAAUCGCUUAUGUGAGUAUUUGGAGAAUUAUCAAAAUCUAAACAUGGCUACUUGUCCUUUUAAAGAAGGUAUAGAACGCGACAAGGCUAAAUUGUUACAGCGUUCUCUUAGUGGACAAAAAGUUCAAGAUGGACAACCGGAGAGACGGACUAGUAAGGAGACUACUUCUUCGGAUGAGUCGCCAAGAUCGAGGAAAAUAAGCAACAUAUCAACUGCGUCCUCCGGAGGGUCAGACGAGACAGGGGACGGGUCAGGCGACCGGACAAUCAGUUUAACUGGACUUAUUGAGGGAGUAGGAACCCUCGUUAUCCCAGCGAAUGGCUUUGUGUUUACGGCUCUUCAGAAGUUGCUUACAAACAGCAAAAAGCCAGGUGCUAUGGAACACCUCAGGUCCCAAGAUUUCUUCCCCACCGACUUUGAUAUCCAGUGCAGUGACCUGACAUUACGUCAUAGUCAGGUCGAUGACAACCUGGUUGUGCGCAUGGCGGAAGUAUGUUCUGAAUACCUAGGGCUGGAGGUGAACCGCUUUAUGGCUGGGCUAGGCAUGGAGUACUUCAUGCUGUGUUUUGAACAAUACGGCAAGGAACUACACAUGGUCGGAAGCAGUAUGUUCGAGUUUUUCAGCAAUGUCGAUGGACUGAAUGAACAUAUCCGAAAAACGCCUAAAUUUCACGGUGAUACACCAGCUUCGUUUCGAUGUGAAUAUGACCGCAACACUUUGUUAAUUCACUACUACUCCAGUCGACGUAAGCUGUUGCACAUGAUGUUAGGUACCAUUACUGCCGUAGCCAAGGUUCGGUUCUCAAUGGAGGUGGAAAUAAAAGUGUCUCCCAAUCGCUCACCAGACUCUCCUCAUCAGAUCUUUAUCAUCACCAUCAUUACCAACAACAACGACAGUAACAAUACAUUAGGUACCGGUGCUAUCCAAGAUACGGUCUCCGCCAAUCCGUCCGACUCUCAGAUAGGCGUGGCGACCUUCUGCCGAACCUUCCCUUUCCACGUGGUGUUUGACCGUGACCUUCAGAUCACACAGCUUGGCAGCGCCUUCAUGAAGACAAUAGCACCGGAAAUGGCCACAAAGGGAUUAGAACUCUCAACGUACUUUGAAAUCCUUCGACCGGAAGUCAAAAUGAAUUUUUCUGCGCUCCUGUCACGUAUAAACUUCAGCUUCCUGCUUCUGACAAAAACCUCCAAGAGCAUGGACAUAAAAGGACAGAUGAUCUAUCUGCCAGCAGCCGACGCCAUCAUGUUCAUUGGAUCGCCUAGCGUAGAAAAACUGGAUGAACUGAUAGGCAAGGGCAUCUACAUCUCCGACAUUCCCAUCCACGACGCCACAAGAGACGUCAUCCUUGUCGGCGAACAAACCAAGGCUCAGGAUGGUCUGAAGAGGCGUAUGGAGACACUGAAAAAGAGUAUCAUGGAGGCGAGCGUGGCUGUGGACACUGAGAAGCAAAAGAACGUCAGUCUGUUACAGGACAUCUUCCCACCAGAGAUUGCCCAGAAACUGUGGCGAGGUGAAAGUGUGGAACCGAUGAAGAUCGAUGACGUCACCAUGUUGUUCAGUGAUCUUGUUGGGUUCACGGCCAUCUGCUCCACGGCCACGCCCAUGCAGGUCGUCAACAUGCUCAACUCCCUCUACACCCAUUUCGACAACUACUGCGGCCUGCUCGACGUGUACAAGAUUGAAACAAUCGGAGACGCCUACUGCGUGGCAGGAGGGCUGCACCGGGCCAGCAAGUACCACGCCCUGCAGAUCGCAUGGAUGGCAAUCAAGAUGAUGAAGGCAGCUGCGUCACAGAAAGCGCACGAUGGUGGAGCUAUCAAGAUGCGGAUCGGCAUCCAUACGGGAUCUGUGUUGGCUGGGGUUGUGGGCACCAAGAUGCCUAGAUACUGUCUGUUUGGAAACAACGUCACCAUCACAAACAAGUUUGAAUCCGGCAGCGUUGCCCUGAAGAUUAACGUCAGCCCAAUCAGUUACAAUUUACUGCGGGACACCCCGGGGUUCAACUUCAUACCGCGCACGCGCGAAGACCUUCCACCCGGAUUUCCGGAAAACGUUGAAGGCGUACCACUAUUUCUGGAAAGUUACACACAUCCGGGCGUUCCAGAGUCGGACAUCGAGACGACGGACCACAUCGCUUUAGCCCUUGAACAUUACGACCUGUCGGCGGAGAGAUGAUCUUUAUAUGUAUUUAUCAGGAUUAUUUAAUUUUCAUUAUCAGAGCGAAUUGUGAUACAUUUGCAGCAGACUAUAUGCAUCAUUUUAGAGGUGUAUAAGUCAGCUAGACAGAAAUUAGUCCCCUUGUUCACCUCAUCAGAACAUAUUUUAAGUCUGUCAAACGGGUUUAGUCGUUUUAAAUUUUCAGGCAGGUUUUGACAGAGAGUCGACAAGUGUUAGGAUGUAGUGGUCAAAUUGCUUAACAUUUGGCACUGAAGUCUGUGAUAUUGAAUCCUCGAUGUUUAUUAUUUCAUCCCUAUUUAUUUCUUUGUAUUUAUACUAUUGCUUUAACCACGCAUGUAUGCUUACCAAAGAAUCCACAAACCUAAGUUUAUUUUUGUUUCCACGGGGUGGUAAAACAAACCAACCUGAAUAUGUUUCAAGAGCAAAUAAUACAAGCAAAUUAACCAGCUAACGCUAAUUGGGCUCAUUAUAAUGCCAUGAACGUUCGUGUUUACUGUCAACGACAAUUUGAUACUUCAUACGCUGUAAAACAGUAUGUGUGUUUGAAGUGUUUGGCAAAUAGAACAUCACUGCAGAAGUAAAGUACAGUAUCACUGCUCAAAUGCAGCACGAAAAUUUUAUGAUAACACACAAAUCAAUUGGCUGCUUGAUUUAACUGAGAACUGGACCCGGGCUAAUUGGUAGCCUGAGCAAGUUUAAUUCAAGCCAUUUGAAACCUACUGAUGCCUGUCAACUCAAUUUGUUUUAUUGAUUGUAUGCUAAUCUAUAGUGAAUUAAUUGCAAAAGUUAGAUCUGGACUAGCAAAGGACACUAGACACUGUCUUAACAAUCUGUGAGCAACAUUUUUAUCAGAUUUUGUAAACUUUUAUAACAACUUGGAAACAGAAUAAAACAUAUGUCAACAGAUCUUAGAGAUUCGAUUUUCUAUUUGACCAAUGCCACAUAUUACAGGUAUAUAAAUCGGCAAUUCGUCUUUUAAAGUUAUUCGAGUUUUAAGGGUUUACGUGGAUUGUUCGAGAAACAGCAUCAUAUGCUUUACAAUCUGAAUCUUCAUCAGUUAGAUGUCAAGGGAAUUGGUGAAAGUCCAGGACAGAUCAUUAUCACAAUGAACGUUAUUGCUCAUCCAGAUUUACAAACAUUAACGACUUAUGAUUUGGUAAAGCCUCCACACUGUGUAGUGUGUAAUAUCCACACUGUCGUGCAUAGUCAUGAGGUUAAUAUGCAUUGGUUUUGUUCAUGUGUGUGUCCUGCACCGUCUUCUAUACAUUGUAUACCCAAUAGGGUUGUCUGAAAUGAUACUGAAUAUGGUCUCUUGAAAUUUGAACACAGCCUUAGAACAAAUGGAUCAUUUUGUAACCGAUCCUAUACCUAGUGCCACAUGCUGCAAUUUUGUUCGAUUUAAGUACAUUUUAAACUCUUUUUUUUGUUUAGCGUUUGAUAUAAUUACGUUGGCUAGAAGGAUGGGGAUGCUACCUUGUUAAGUGACCACCCUUAUGCAUCGGCAGACACUGGACCCUUGACUAAAGAAUUCCAAUGCUCCAGAUCUCGAAAUCUCCUUUGAUGUUUUUAUUUGUCAGAUAUCACUUAAAUCGAGCGAAAAUGAAAAUUCUACGAGGAUGUGGGCUUUUUCUUCAAAUCCCUCUUAAUCAAUAGAGUGUUUUCUGAUCAAAGCAACAAUUUUUUGUUUCCCUUUUUACAAGAAGAAAUACCGCCUCAUUUUUCAAAAGUAUCAUAUUAAAACAAUGUCGUCUCAGAAUUAGUUCAAUCAAAGAUAUUUGCUACAGCAGAAUGGCAGAUAUUUCCUUGUCCACGAUACAGAGUUUAUGCAUACAAUGCCUAGGAAUCAACCCGUUUCUGGCUAGAUGUUUGUGUUUGGGUUCUUUCAUAUGCUCGGUGGUGUUAAUGUGAGGAGCUGCGAUGACCCUUCUGUAAAAGUGCAUUACCUUAAGUUUGUUCAUAUUAAGGGGACACUAAUGGCUCACUCCUCCUAAGGCGCCGAAAUUCGUUGUGUUGAGUUGAGGCCUACGCGCGCCGAGGUACGCUCCAAUCCUGGUUUCGUACUGAUAAAUAUUCUUGGUAUGUCAGUACUCAUACCAUACACAUUGGUUUCAGCAAUACGAUGAGGUUUCCGUCACUUUCGUGACAUUUAAAGCUGGCUGACCGUGAUAAAACCGAAAUAGUGUUACAAAACGGUGUGAAACAAGACAUUGAAUGAAUGCAAUCAUUACAAAAUAUUUACAAAUACAUCUGCACAGUUAACAUGAUGACAGAUACGCUUAUGUGUCUCUUGUGGAAAACAAAAUCGCGAUUUGUUGUUCUGUCACAUUUUUUCUGUUAAUUAUCAACUUUUUUGUCUUCAACAAUGUAAA